AUGGAUGUGCUUGAUCGGCAUGUGGAUGAACAUGGAAGACUUCAUACUACAAGACUUGUUGGCACCGAAGGAUUCCUACCCUCAUGGGUCUGUAGCAUGAUUGGAAUUAACAAUACUUGUUAUGCCUAUGAACAUUCUGUUGUUGAUCCAGAGAAGAAAACCAUGAUAAUGGGGAGUCGGAACAUGACUUUGUCAGGCUGGGUGGAUGUGGAGGAAACACUGACUUAUUCUCAGCAUGAAGAUGAUGAUAAGUGAGUAGUAAAAAUGCUAAGACUGUGUUUAAAUAAUUGUUCCAUUUUGUCAGACAAUUUCCAUAGGUGAAAAGAUAGUGGGAAUGCAGCCAGGACUGAUUGUAUUACAGUGUUCAAAAUGUUCUCUGGCUAAAAAUGUUUUAAAAAAUAUACAAGCUUUUGACCGCCUCAAUUACGCCUCAAAGUGACUUUGCCCUUUGAAGACCGUAGUUGAGGUGGGCAAAAGCCUGUGUGUUUUUGAAACUUUUUUUGACAGAAAACGUUUUCAACAUUUAAUUUCCACUGUGCCUUGAUUCUUAGUAAUUGUACAGUCGAACCUCCAUGUGUGACCACCUGUUGUAAGCGACUGCCUCCCAUAAGCAACCACCAAUCCAAAACACCAACAUUUUCCGAGUCAAAGCCUUACAGGUUGUAACCUCUAGUAAACGACCCCCUCCUGUAAGCAACCCUCUACCACUUUUUGGGCCUGACGGCUAAUCAUUUUCCAUUUUUUUUACCUCUUGUUAGCAACCACUUAACGCAUUCUCUGAUUUCUCUUUUCGCUGUGUGCACUAUGUUACUAAGAAUAUACGAAGACCUUUAGUGACAACAUGGAACUACAUGUACACAUAUCCUAACUUAGACAUUGCAUGCUGUGUAUUAUCUUCCGUAAAGUAGAUGUGCCUGGACCUCUUCUUGGAAGAGAGCCCCCUGCAGUUCAAUUCUUGUAAACGACCACUUCCCAUAAGCGACCACUCAGUCUUUGUAACUUGGGUGGCCGCUUAUGGGAGUUUUGACUGAAUUAAACAACUGACCCUGGCCCUGGGUUUUUAAUAUAUGUUGUCGUUAAUUAUUUAUCUCAGGUAAUUUUUGUUUUUCUUUUGUUUUUGAGUAUGGUAUUGUAUGAUAAUAAAGUUGAAACAAAAGAAGAAUAAAAUUACCUGGGAUGAAAAAUUAACUAUAACAUAUAUAUAUGUGUCUGUUUGGGGGAGAAAUAGCACAGUCAUGGAGAAGAGAAAGUGAAACAAUAUUUUGAUGACUGUGUUAAUGAUAGAAACCAUUAAGUUAUACCAUUUCUAGUUCACUGUUAUGGACACUUCACCCAUAUCUAUGACCACGAAUACAGUCUAACUGUCUCUUACCCCCAAGAAGUCGAUAGACUACUGGUUAUGGCUCAAUAAUACCGAUAACACAUUUUGGCAAAAAUGGUCCUAAAAACUUUUUUGUUGAUAGUUAAUAUUUAUGUAAACUGGCUCUCUUUGGCUUCAUUUCAUUGGAUAUAUGGAAUAAUAUUCAAAAGAGAAUUUAACUUGAAUGAGGCAACAAGUGCCAAUUAACAUAAACACAAAAGAAGUUGGUUUAAGGGAUCAGGAUAAAAAGAGUGUUGUUAACUGACAUCAUCAUCAUCUCCCACUAUUACUGUAUUUUUUGUCAGAGUGCUGCACAAGGGGUAGCAUUACAUGUGAACAGUUUCUUUUGCUUGAUUGCAGUUGCUAAAACAGUUUUACACUACACAUUAUAAGUCAAAUUGUUUUUAUUGAAUUUUACCUCAAGUAUCCUCUAAUAUAAAUGAUGUUAAACCUUUGUGGUACAAAUUAUAUUUGAAAAAAAAUUAAGGAUCCAAUGACAAUUCCUUGACAUUAUUUACAAUUUUUUUUCCAGGACCAGACUAACUCAGGAUGCUGUAAUAAAAGUGUUUAGGAUCAGCUUCAAAGAUUACUGUGAAAGUCUUAUUAGGUCCACAAUGGCUAAUAAUGCAUCAAAGGUAAAAAGCUAAAUGGUUCCAUUGUUCACCUAUAAACCCCUGAGAUUGCAAAGGAAGUCCCUUUACAGGUUUUACAGAAACUUAAGGAAAGCUGUAGCUAGCAUGUACUAGCCUAAGAUUCAUUUUAACUAGACUGAAAAACAAAAAUGUUAUUUUGUUAAUGAAUUACACCUGCCCAUUAGUUAAUUAAUAACUUGCUUCAUCAAUACAUUGUGCAAUAUUAAUGUAAUAAUUUCACUUUAAGACCUUUAGAGGCAAGAAUUUAUUUUUCAAAAAAUUACAAAAGUGAAAUCGUAUGAUAAGAAUCUUGCUUUUGAUGUUUGUUUGCAGGGCAGACAAGCAAUGGAAAUGGUGAUUUCCAAAAUCAACAGAGAGGUUCAAGAUUUGGCUUCUAAUAUUGAACAAGCUACGAGUAGACUGAACUCUGAAUUGGAACACGCAACAAGCAUAUUGAACACGGAAUUUGAACAGGCCAAACAGGGACUUGAACAGGCUAGUUUGUUUCCACAAGCCUUUUGUGAAGGUUCCUCAUCAAAACCUUCAAGCUGA